AUGGACAAACCAGCCCAGCAACAGGCACCCGGCCCGGACAACUACGCCCCCUCCGGCCCGCCACCCGAGUACCAGCACCAACAGACCGGCACCACCGCCGCCGCGACGCCCAAGUACGGCGGCCCGCCAAACGACACCCCCCAACCCCGCGCCUACGGCGGGUACAGCCCCCCGCUCCAGGAGCAGCAGCAGCAGCCGCAGAGCUUCCCGAUGCAGCCCGGCGGCCCACAGAACUUCCAGCCCUACGGCACCCCGCUGCCCGCCCUGGGCCCGCACCCGGCCCCCGUCGAGUGCCCCGACUGCCACGCCCGCGGCGUCACCGCCGUCGAGUACUCGUCCGGCGGCUUCACCCACGCCCUGGCCGCCAUCGUCUGCUUCGUGAGCUGUCUCGGCUGCAUCCCGUACCUCUUCACCUCGCUCAAGGACGCAAGGCAUAAGUGCUACAAGUGCGGUAUCCCCCUGGCCACGUACCACCGCAGCGGAAGGACCGAGGUCCACUGGCACCAGGCAUACCAUGGUUAA